AUGAAAGGAACAUCGAUUUUCAACAUCAAGGCGUGGUCUAAGAUCCAUCCACCACUGCCCCGAACGCCACGAGAAUCGCAGCAGCUCCUGAACGCUCUCACGUCGUCCUUUCGUCGUCAGCUAGAGGCUGCAGACACCAACAAGCCGGCACAGUCAGCCGAUAAGCAUCUGCGGACGAUCCUUGACAAUCCCCUCUUCCGGGUCGUGCCCUCCAAACCUGCCUAUACCCCCGGAGACCCCAAUGCCCAGAAGACCCUCGAGAAGAGGCUCGCAGAGGAGCCUAUGGCCGUCUUCGAUGACCUGGUGGCGGCUGGAUCCGCCACCCCCAAGGACAUCUUUCAGUGUCUCCAGUCCCAGCUGGCCCUCAUCGGCUCGACAUCUGGAGACGCCAAUCAAGCUAUGAAGAGAUCUGGUGCCGGUUCUAGGGUGGUGUCGUGGUUCUGGGCCUCCGACUCGGCCUCCCGGAAAACGCUGUUCAAAUACCGCCGGGCGACCUCGGCUGCGCUCAAGUUCAUGGCAGCAGAGGGACUACAGGAUAUCAUCAUGGUAUGGCUGCGAAUGCUCAGCAAGCGGGAUCUGGGUGGCCUCGAUGGCCGGAUCCCAGAACUUCCCGCGCGACAGCUGUUCAACGAAUUCUUGUCAGAUUUCAUGGCGGCGGAAAUCCGCUACGGCGGUGGAAUUGCGUCUGCGCUGGGCUACUUCCUGCAGGCAUCCCAGAUGUGCUCCUUCCUGACGGAUCGGCCAUCCGCCCGACUUGAAUUAACGCGAUGCUGA